GGGAGGAGGUGGUGUGUUACUCGCGGGGUGUCUCCGUACGCGCCUCACCUGGGGGAGCGUGCGUGCGUGUGCGUACGCGUGAGCAGGGGAGGGGGGCGGCGAGUGAGAGGAAGGCUGCCAAGGGCUCGGGCGAGCGUUCCUCGGGGAUGCUGAGCAUAUCUGCCGAGGCGUCACAAUGGCUUAGAGCAAACAUCUCCCAUUUUUUGCUUCUUUUUGGGAGCAGCGGAAGAGAGGGAGACCCCCACGUCCCCCCCCCCCCCCAACAAAAAACAAGAACACGUGAGCGCUUCGGCUGAGGAGGAGGUGGGAGAAGCCAGUGUGCUUUGGAUGAAUGACUUUGAGUGAACAAGACUGGUGUAACUUUAUGUAGGUCACACGUGAGCGCCUCCCUCUGCCUAUCAAGUGUCUCGGCAAGAACAACAAGCGGCAGCGGCGGCGGCGGCGGCGGCGGACGAAGAAGAACCAGAAGAAGAAUCGGCAGGGAGUCGGAGGCGGCUCGGCAGAGGUGCGGCGAUGCUCGGCGGGACGUGAUGCCCGGAACGCUGGCGCUCCUCCACAAUCGCUCGGAGGAGGCGCAAGCCCUGUCCGGCGGCGGCGGCGGCGGCGGCGAGGUGGGCAGCCGGCCCGCCUGGGUCAUCGGCAUCCUAGCCGGCGUGCUCAUCUUCACCACCGUGGUGGACGUGCUCGGCAACCUGCUGGUCAUCGUCAGCGUCUUCCGCAACCGCAAGCUGAGGAACUCGGGUAACGUUUUUGUGGUGAGUUUGGCCUUUGCCGACCUGGUGGUGGCGUUCUACCCGUACCCUUUGGUGCUCUACGCUCUCUUCCAUGACGGAUGGUCGCUAGGCAACACGCAGUGCAUGGUGAGCGGCUUCCUGAUGGGCCUGAGCGUGAUCGGCUCCAUCUUCAACAUCACGGGCAUCGCCGUCAACCGCUACUGCUACAUCUGCCACUCCUUCUCCUACAGCCGCCUGUACAGCUACCGCAACACGCUGCUCUUGGUGGCCUUAAUCUGGCUGCUGGCCGUGGUGGCCAUCGUGCCCAACUUCUUUGUGGGCUCGCUGCGCUACGACCCGCGCGUCUACUCCUGCACCUUCGCCCAGAACGUCAGCAGCUCCUACACGGUGGCCGUAGUGGUGGUGCACUUCCUGGUGCCCAUCGCCGUGGUCACCUUCUGCUACCUGCGCAUCUGGAUCCUUGUCAUUCAGGUGCGUCGCAAAGUGAAGACGGAGGAGAGCCCUCGCUUGCGUCCCAGCGACCUGCGUAACUUCAUCACCAUGUUCGUGGUGUUCGUGCUGUUCGCCAUCUGCUGGGCGCCACUCAACCUGAUCGGUCUGGCGGUGGCGGUGGACCCCUUGCGCGUCGUGCCGCUCAUCCCCGAGUGGCUCUUCGUGGUCAGCUACUUCAUGGCCUACUUCAACAGCUGUCUCAACGCCGUCAUCUACGGCCUGCUCAACCGAAACUUCCGUAACGAGUACAAGCGCAUCGUCACCUCCGUCUGGGUGACGCGCCUCUUUGUUACCGAGACGUCGCGGGCCGCCACCGACGGCCGCAGCCUGCGCAGCAAGCAGUCGCCGCCGCCGCCGCUCAACAACAACGAGUCGCUUCGGGAUCGAGCCAACAACAAAGACUGAGCAUUGUUACCGUGGCAACGCCAAUGGAACAAUCCGAUUAGUUGCACAUGAACUGCCUGAUAAACUUCCAAAGCCUCAAAUAUGUCCGACUCGCAUCACUUGAAUGCCAGUUUAGUUAAAAAAAAAAAAAACGAAAUGAUUAUCAGGGUGUCGUCCUGUGCCAGAAUUUAGUAGGAAAAACGUAGAAACUACUCCCAAAAAAAGUUCCAGGAACUUUUAGUUUUUCUUCAGCCAACAUUUGUGACAGAAUAUAGACUUGCCCUGUCAAAGUAUUAUGAUUAUUAUCGAUUAAUUUUUUUGUAAAUGGAAAUUUUAACAAUGUUGCCAGCAUGCUAACAGUAGUUGUGCCAGCAUAUAGCAAGAUAGCACACUGGCUACAAAAAAAAUUAAUCAAGAUUUUUCAUUGUGCCCUGUGGUUGGGUUCAAAUAACAGCUAACAGUUAGCAUGCUAACACAAAGCAUCACAACGGUGAAAAAAAGACAUAUUGAUAAAUCUUUUACAGGGUGCUCUAUGGUCGGGUCAGUCAUUAUGAUCAUUUAUGAAAAACACUAAGUAAGGUCAAUGUUUUACAUCGUGCUCAUAUUAUUUCAAAUAGGAAUUGAUAAAUUACUGGCAUGUUAAUAGUUAGCAUGCUAACAACCUGCUUUGGAACCUUAUCAUUCAUUUGGAAACAUCCUGUGCCUCUGGAUUGCCGAAUAAUGUGGAUUGUAAAUUGCUUAGAUGGCGUUGGUAUGUUAACAUAUCGCAUAACUACCUACAUUGGACCUGUAACAUUCAUUUCUCUGACUCUCCUCACUUGAAUACCAUUUAAGUCACACAACCAGUGAAGAUUAAGAUAGCCUUUAUUUGUCCCACACUGGGGAAAUUUACAGCUAUGUCAUGACGGUGCUGACAUCUACUCUUGCCAGAAUUUAGAAGGAAAUGUUACAAAAAUUUCCAGGAGUUUUUAAUUGCUUUUAGUACUCCUUGACAUAAGCCGCUAGCUCUGGUGAACACAUAAGCGGACAUUUGUGACAGAUUACAGGCUUCCCCUGUAGACAAAUAUGAAAAUAAUGCUCACUGGACUGGGUGCUCAUGAAGCCUCAAAUGCUUAAAAAGCGUACACAAAUGCUUUUAUGAUAACAGUCGUUAUGCCAGUGAAUAGCAAGAGAGAAACUUGACUACAAAAAGUGCUGAUGCGUGUCUAAGGAUUUUAUGUCAUAUCAUACGUUAAUAUGCUAACAUGCAAUUAUCUUUGGAACCUUAAUGUUCAUUUGAGACCUCAAUAGACUGAGAUGUGCUAAUAUGCUAAAAAAAAAUGACUCAGGGUUGGUCAAAUGCGAACGUAAAUGUGCUCAUAUUUGGUAUGCUCGCGCAUUGCAAGAAUCUAUUCUUUGGGCUCAGAUAGAAAUGUUGGAUUUUUUUUGUACAAAAUCCUACUCAAUUCUGGCAAUAGUGUGAAAUGAGUGUUUGGCAUGGCCUGUUGUGAUGUAUACGGAGCCAAAAUGUAGACAAACUUAGUAAUUCCCAAUCAGGAAGUUGUUCUCCACUCACGCUGUGUGAGGUGAACAUGGCUGCUUGUGUUACCAAACGUACAUGGCUACUUUGAUGUAGCAUCUCGAGGAUGCUGCCCAUUGGACAAUCUGUCAAUUCAAGAUUAGAAUUGUAGAUUACGUUGUUGCAUUUGAAUUCUUACUGUGAUGAGGCUGAAGCCUUUUAUUUCAAAUGUGGAUAUUUAACAAAGAAGCAAGAACUAAAUCAGUCAAAUAAAUGUUUUUUAAAUUAUUUUAUGUUUUAGCAGUUUCUUUGUCUAUUUAAUUUAUUUUAAUGAAACAAGGACUGAAUAAAAAUGAAAUCAGCAAAUUUAUAAUCUAAAAGUACUUGAUUUUUUUAGUAUUUUUUUUUCUAGAGAGAAGACAUUUAAAAUUAAACUACUGAAUUGAAUUACCAAAUAAAUGUAUUUUAACUUACAUAUACUGUUUUAAAAAGGUAACUAUCUUGUCGAAACACAUUUUAUCGAAUAAUUUAGUAAAAUUUUAAUUCAGGAAAAUAAAAUACAAUUUCUAAUUGAAUCAAUCCUACUACUAAACUGUAAUAAUAAUACCUGAAUAUAGUCUAAUUUUGUAAAUGAAGAAACUUUCUCUUCUGCAUCACACGCAGUCCCUUCAUAGCCCUAUAUUUUUGUGCUAUAUUUAUUUUCAUAUAAAUAAAACAUUGUUCUUGUGAGUCAAUGACAUUCAUUGCCGCUUCUCGCCAUCUCAGGGCAUCUUUUCUUGUUUGUUUUUGUUGUUUGUUUGUUUUUUCCAAAAAUGUAACGAGGACAUUUUGUAAAUUAGUGUCAGUGUGGAAUUUGAAUUGUUGUCAAUGGACGUGUUUUUAUGGAAAUGUCUCUCUCACACGGGUGGGAGUUCAUGUCACGUCAUUAAAAGUGGACUCCUCGCUUCUGCUUGA